UUAUCAAAUUUAAGGUGAGAAGUUGAAAAGAAGAAAGUAGAAGGUGACCAGAUGGUGUGAUUUGAGUCAUAAGAUGUACCACGUCAACAUAUUGACAUGGCACAAUGAAGCAACUAUCAGACUUUGGUUUGUUUAGACGAGUGUAGAGAUCCGAAGUAGGCGGAGAUUAGAAUCUUCAAUAGAUUAACUUGACAACAUUUGGUGCAAACAAGUUGCUCUUAAGGAUUAAGGAUACCCCAUCACUGACUUUUAGAGAGCCUGCCUCACCCUCACCUCACCCAUAGGCUGAGGAGGGUGUCUAAUAUCAGGGCACGCGUCACUCUUGUAUUUACUCAGUCUCAUCCCUCCCCCUCCAAUCCCGCAGAUAUCCUCAGACCAUUUCAGAUUUCUCCCACCUAGACUUUUCCGUUAAAAACUUUAAAAGAAAACCACCCAAGCCACCUGCUUUCCACAGUUGGGAUGUGCAUGCGGAGACAUGACCCUUAAAGGUGGGACUAGCCAAGCAUGCGCUGCCUGCAAGUACCAGAGGAGGAAGUGCUCCUCUGAGUGUCCUCUUGCCCCUUACUUCCCUCCUGAUCAGCCCAAAAUGUUUGCCAACGCUCACAGGCUCUUUGGUGUCAGCAACAUCCUUAAAAUUCUCAAGCAAUUGGACCCUACCCAGAAACUCACCGCCAUGCAGUCCAUCAUCUACCAGGCCACCAUCCGUGAGCGCUAUCCGGUUAGCGGCUGCUUGGGUUUGAUUUGCCAACUCCAUUACCAAAUCCGCCAGACCGAGGACGAGCUUCAUGUUGUCCUUUCACAGCUUGAAAUCUGCCGCCAGCACCACCACCAACAGAUACAGAUGGCCUCUGCACCCAGCGAUUCCUCCUCUUCCCCCUUGGAGCUGGGCUGCAGUGCCCUCUCUCUCCAUCAUAACCCUCCUCCUCCUCCUCCUCCGGAAUACAGCGCUGUUUCUGUUGCUGGCGGUGGUGAUGGUGGUCUGCCUGUUGGAGUUGGACCCCAUCACCCAUAUUCUCCUACGACCAAUGCGCCUUUCAAUUUUGAUUUCCUUGAUCCCAAGGACAAUUCUCUGAAUCCUGUGUGGCCUCAGAAUUCAUUCAGUAUCACCAACAACAAUGAUAUUCACAAUUCCCUGACAAUCCAGCCUCAACCCGUUGCCACACAGCCCUUACCCCUCCAACCCCAAGCUGCCCAGGAUUAUGAUGAGAUACAUCCAUUCUUCGAUACUUUUGACGACAGACAGUCAUACGUAGAUUCCAAAGAGGCUUAUGAAUCAAGCUCGGAAUCAUCCUUCAAAGAUGCCACCCAGUCCACUGACAAUGUUGCUGAGAAUGAAUUGAAAAGCGCUGCGGCAUGCUUCAGUCUCAUCAGUCUCGGCCAAUGAUAAGAACUGGGUAGCAUUUUCAGAUUCAAUUGUAUUUCAGUCUGAGAAUUUUUUUUUUUUUUUUUUUUUUUAUUGUUUUUGUGUUAAUUUGUUUUCCUUUCAUCUUCACCAUUUCAUGACUGUUGUAGUGUUCUAAAUUUCUAUCAUAACUCCCUCUUUCUACAUUUUAAUAAUUCUAUUGAAUUUGAUGUCACAAA